AGUUUCCACAAAAAAAUUCGUCCAGAAAUAUUUUUAUAUUUUUAACAAGAUUUUUUGUACUUUUAACAAAGUUAUAAAUAAAAAUAUGGGCUGGUCUCUGAGAAAUACGACACGUAGUCAGCAUGUAGAGAAUUAAACUUUAAUUUAAAAUUUAAUAAAACAAAGUGCGAUUUACAGAAAUUAUAAAAUGACAGAAUUUUGCUAUUAAUAGAUUGAUUAAUGUGAUAAAAUAAUACGUUAUUUAAUCUUGAAUCAUCGAGCUUGGAUUUUAUUUCUAAAGAUGAAUAAAUAUUUGGAAUGGUUCCAUCUAUUUUUAAAAAAUGUUUAAAGGUAUCAUCUACCGAGUUAACUGAAGUGUCUUCGAAGCGAUUAAGGUCUCUCGUGAUUGAUCCGCUCGAAGAUCAAUGGGGAUUCUGUGGAUAUAUCGCGGACGCCGGUGACGAAACGAUCGUCGUUUAUAGCUCGGGAUUGCGCAAGUGGUGGAAAUUGAGAAUGUUACACGGACCCGAAAUUCCUCGCGUGGAAUCCAUCGACCUCGCUGUUUCUCGGAGGAGUUCGACCUUAUACAUGACGGGGCAUGAUACGCACGAUCUGUUUAGCAUUGAUCUGGAAAUGAUUAGGACGGAUGGCGUUUUACAAAUAACACCUUCACGCGUGCGUGCCAAGUCAAAUUAUUUUUCGGGAGUACAAAAUGUAACGGUGACCUGGCUUGGGAAGAAAUUAGGCUCUUCCGUGGGCCUGUUGAGCGAUUUAAAAGACGGCCUGCACUAUUUUAUGACUUCGGAGAGAGCCAGCGUGCGAUGGGACACUAAGCUUCCUUUGAACGCGCAGUGUCAUUCGGUUCUGGUACAAAACGAUGACGUCCCGUGCAUAACCGAUUACAUAAUGGAUGCGCGAAGAAACGUUUGGGGCUUAGUGAAUUCGAAAUGUCCCGGCGCAAUAAAGAAAAAUAUUUCAAGUAAUUCGAUCCUUAAAUUCAGAACAAUUAAAAUUCAAAAGUACUCCUAUACAUUGUAGUGCAAUGUUCGUUUUUUCAAUUUUAAUAAAACAUCUAAUGGAAAGUUUUUUAUAGAAUUACGGCGGUUGUCUUAAUUCUUCGAUCUUUGCCCUUAUUUUUACUGUUAAUUACUUGAAGAAAGUAACAGAUAGAACGUCGGUAUUUUCGAAAUGAGGAAUAACUCUAACUAAAAGGAAAAAAAAAACUUAAAAUAGUUUAAGACGUCUUUACCAUAAAUGAAACUAGUUUUAUCCCUAUUUAUACAUGGGUUACAUAAGUUGGCACGUGUGGCUCCGUAUAUAUACGUUUACAUAAGCUGGCGUUUAUUAGCCGUUUCGAUAUGACUUACAUAACAACACACAAUUACAGGUAUUAUAUAUAAUUAAUUAAUUAAUCACUUUUUUCGAUCGUUGAGCAGGUGAAUAAUUGCAAGGUUCAAAAAAUUUGCCUUGAGAACUGACAGUUAUAUGCCGGAAUCGAUUUGAACAUCGACAAGUAACUUUUACACUGGUCAACUCGUCCAAAUACGCUAUCUUAGAGCGCGAUAACAUGCGAAUCCUUUGUCAUAGUUACGUUAUUAUGGAAGAAAAAAAUAUUGUACAUUAAUUAUCUAAUUAUCUAUGCAACUGAAAGAAAUGUUCCAGCGCGUUACAUUAAUUGAUAUAUAAUAUUCGUAGA